AUGGCAGAGGACAACAACGAAGAUGCAAAUGAGUUGACAAUCGCAGGUCAAUAUGAAUUCAAUCUCAACAACGUCAUGGUUGACAACUUCCUUGAAGCCUCCAGAGCUGAGCACAAUUCUUACCGUCAUGAUAUGCUCAACGUCAGCGCCAAGAUGGACAAAGCACUGAUUGAGAUUGGCUACAUGGACAAGGAAGCAGCAGCGCAACAUUUGGAAGCAGAAGAACUCACCCACGAGCACAUCUGUGACAAGGCCGAGAACGCUUACCGUACACUCUUUGACAAGCAUCAAUGGCCCGCUGCAAGACCCACCAUCCGAGAUUCCAAGACUCCGUAUGCCAAGAUGGCCAAGACAUUCACCCCCGAUGGCGUUCAGAACCAUGCAUACGCUCUGAUCCACCAGCAGACCGGUUCAAAGGGCAAGGCCAAACCUGAUGACAUCUGUUUGAACUGUGGAGAGAAAGGACACUGGGCUCGCGACUGCAAAAGUGACAAGAAGCCCAAGCGACCUUUCAACAACAACAAGAAGAGUAAGCAUCAAAAGGACAAGCACGGAUCCAGUUGGAAGACUACUCCACCGGCUCCUGGUGCACCUGAGACCAAGAAAGUCCGUGGAAAGGAUUUCCACUGGUGUGCUCACUGUGGACGUUGGUCGACCACCCAUGCUACUGACGGCCAUACCAAUGAUGCCACCAAGCGCGACUUGAAAGGUUUGGGACCCCAAGCAAAUCACCUACGCUUCGCUGGAGCCUGGUACACUCCCUUCCGCCAUGAUCAACCCAGUCUUCUGUCCCUAUGUGUUGUCUGGACCAUCAUCCAACACUUCUUGAGUUACCUUCCCCAGUUGGCUGUUGCCUUCUUCUUGGCCCGUUCCAUUGGCGUCACUACACCGAAUGUUUCACCUUUCAUGACCGAUCAAGUCUCAACUGCAUCCUCUUUCUUGGCCGAUCAAGUCUCCUUCAUGAUGAGUCAAGCUACCGCCGCCUCCGCCUACCUAUUCACUGCCGCUUCCACUGUCAUUGCUGCCUUUGAGGGAUCCCUGACCGCCCGUCUUGCUCCACUCCUGUGGUUCCUUCUCUUGAUCCUUGUGUCCCUUCCUACCAAAGUGAAACACCGCCUCAUUGGGUCCCCGCCUCAAGAGUUUUGCCCGUUCUGGAUGACCAAGGCAAAGUACAAACGAUACAUUUGA